UGGGGCUCUAUUAGUUACCCUUCAAAUCUCAAAGUUCUGCAUUCUAUGUACCCUAGGGUAAGCUCUGCCCUAGCACCAAGGACAAUGGAGGACCAUUCGAACGCGCAGCAGAUCCGCAUGGUGAUACAACAGCGGGUUGAAACAUACAACGUUCUCUUCCUCGAUCGCAUGACGCCGCUCUUGAAGAAGGAGGUUCGCCAUGCGGUCAAAGUUCACACAGAAAUUCUCAACCUUGCAACGCCCAAGACUUCAAAGCGCAGCCAUGUGCUGGACCAACUCGGGGACCUUGACACAUUACAUGACCACCUCACGGAACACUGGGCCAAGGUCCACGGGGACCUUGUCCUCCGAUCUUCUCUCUUAACGGACAUAGCACUGUUUCAAGUGUUCCUCGCUGAGAAACUGUUGCAGGACUACACUGGAAAGUUGUUCGAGCCCACCCCCUGGGCUUUGAACCAAGCCAGCCUAGUUGAGCUGCACUCUACUGGUGCGGCCGACAGUGGUAGAACAAAUGCAGAUGCUGCGUACGACCGUCACAUCGACUUUCCGCUACAAGAGAUGAUGCUAGACCCAGGCCACGCCGCGGAAAAGCUCAGAACACUCACAAGGCAACCAAAACAUCCCGGGGGCGAUAUUCAACAACUGAUCGACCAAUGCGACUGGCACAGCUUGGCCACCACUUUGGUCAACGACCGGGCGCUUGCUGCCGAGCUCUUUCAGCAAGCGCCUAUAGAUCCGGACGCUUUUGACGCCAAUACGAGCAAGAAGGUCUUGCGAGGGAUGGAUCAGAUAGCAGCCAAGUAUUUCACAGAGCUUGCAUCCCCUUCCAAUUACACACCCAGCAGGCUCGCCAUCCAGAGAUCAGCCAAGCGAUCCUCGGGCGCUGCAGAUACUAUGUCACCGGACGUUGUGUCGUACGCCGAAGAACCAUCCUUGGUAGCUAGCGCAAAAGAAAUUUACGGCAGGCUCGCCAACGGUCUCGGUCUAAGCGGGAUGAGUUCCAACCUCAGAUCCCUCGCCCAUAAUCCCUCUUCUAUUAGCCUAGACGAAAAGGCUCGCCUUUUCGACGACAGAAAGAAGACGGAAUGAUGUUGAAGCUUAAUGGGGAGGCAGAAGAGCUGAUCUGUCUCGGGAUGAAAUGUGCGUCCCAUAGCUGACUGGUACCUGCGGCAUCUGAACAUUGGCAUAAUUGCAGCACAAUGACCGCUUACAGUUGUUGGGUAGCUCGGCGAGCAGCUCACCUGGCGAAUCGACAAGAUGGCCAUGCUUGUAACGAAAGCCAUCCUCUGGCUCGCCG